AUGUCAUCACAACCUUUGUCACUUACCCAUCAUGCAGCGCAAAAGAGGAAAAUCAGUUGGCGGUGGGGAAUGGCCGGGAAUCUAACUUCGAAAAAGUCUGUGAGUCUUAGUCUUACUUCUCAAUAUGCACCUUCGUGGAAAACGUGGGAAGGGAUCCGUGAGCUUGUACAAAACUGGCACGAUGGAGUGUUUUCUUCACUGGAGAAAAUGCAGCUCGAUUGCAAAACGGAAAUGUUGCCAAGAUCCUCGGUUGCUUUCCUGCCUUGCAAAGAAGGCGAUUUGUUAGUGUAUAAAGCAGUUCUCGCAACAGCAGGAAACUCUUUCUUGUAUGAAGAAAUGACAAAGUUAAAUAGCAGUUCAGAUGAUUUUCAAUCUGUCAAUGGCGAGUUUGAUCGAUCGUUCGAAAGUACACGUGACCAGCAGCAACGAAACGUGGUACUGGGUAAAAUAGUGUACUCUCCCUUUCGCAAAAAACUUAUCCUGGUAAACUACAACACUGAGCUUAUGAGGAAGGUCUUGCUUCUAGGAUUUUCGAAGAAAGCUUCAAGCAAAGAAGUGAUUGGUCAGUUUGGUGAAGGCCUGAAAGUUGGUGCUCUUGCCUUAGUGAGGGAGGGGAGAUUUGUUUCCAUGGAAACCAGUAGAGAUCGCUGGAAGUUUGGCCUGUCGUGCGAUGACACUUUUAACGAAGAGGUUCUGACUGUUUUUGUAAAGGAUCGGAGCAAAGGAUUUGAUGAUGAUGAUGAUGAUGACAAUGGUGAUGACGACCUUGGUCAGCAAGACACUUGUGUAACUGUUCGUCCUCUUUGUUUUGAAGAUUGGAAAGUUUAUCUGGAGCGGUUCCUUUUCCUCUGCCCACCAUCGGAUUGUGUCAAGUCAGAGAUUGGCACCUUGCUUAUUGGUGAUCGUUACAAGGGUCAACUGUAUGUCAAAGGUGUUUGGGUGUUAGACCUCUCAAAGGAUGGUCUUUCAUCAGGCGUUGACUUCGCACAUCUUAAGAUCGACAGAGAUCGAAGAGCUGUCAUGCAUCUCAGUGAUAUUGAUCACCAAGUAAGUAGCAUGUGGGUGCAUGCAAUUGAGCAUAGACCAGAUUUGAUUCCAUUAUACUACAGUCUCUUAGAAGAAAACAAUACCUCAGAUGUGCGACAUGCAGACUUCUAUCUAACAGAUAAAUCUGCCUUCCUAGUGGCUCAGCAGUUCUUUGCCAUUCAUGGAAGUAUGACAUAUCCUGUUUCAAACUCAAUAUCUACUGAAUUGCUGGAUGAGAUCAAACAAGAAAUUCAUCAAAAAUUGGUUUUAUGCAAUGAGGCAUUAAUUAACAUACUGUAUAAAUCAGGGGCAGUAGAACCAGUGGAAUCCAUUUUGUCAAGGGCCUCAAUGAAGAAAUCUGUUAUUGUUCCUUAUGUGGACUUGACACAAGACGAAGUCAGUACCCUCAAGCAUAUUGAAAAGCUGGUACAAAUUUGCAUCCCAGAAUUUAAAAUGGGAUCCAUGGAUAUCUCUGAAGCCAGUGGGAAUGCUAUUGUCUUGACAGACUCCAAUCAUUUUGAGAUUCCAAGAGGUUUAUUGAGAGAGAAAAUAGAACAUUAUGGUGGAGAAAACUGUAGGAGAGGUGACAGCUGUCUGUGUAGAGAAGCUUUGAUUGCGGCAAAGAUUUUAACUCUCCAACCUAACUUAAAUGGUGAAUUAAUUCAACGUAAAAUUUAAACAUAGAAACCUGUGCAGGGGGCAUUUCCGUAGCACAAAUCCCCUCCCUCCCCUUCACCUACCUGUUAAAUCCUUCCUGCACUAUAUAUUAUACUGUCACUGUUUCUUCCUGUAUCUCAGUCACAUGCACCCCUGGUCCUAACCCCUCAUUGGUUCCUGUAUCCACAAGUCCUUGAUGGAUGAGGAGGAGUGAGACAAUACUGUAUACAGUUUCCAUUUCCAGUACCCUGGUAGUUCCUGCAACCUUAGAUCAGCUUCUUCUACCUCUGAGAGCUGUUUCCAAUUUGCAGAGUAUUGCCUUCCAAGUUUAAAAGCUGUCGUUUUAUUUUUAUGUACUCCUCCCUGCCUGCUUGUCCUUUCCUGUUCUAUCUCCUGCACCCUAACCAUGCUCCCUUCUUGGAAAACACCGCUAGGCGAGUACCCACUCAACCUACUCAGAGGUUUUGAAGAUUCUUUACUUACAUAAUUCAAGGAGUCAAAACACUUGUGGAAGCAUUCCCAACCCCCUUAGUAAUCAGCUAUAAUGUUAUUAAUAGUUAUGAGACUUACAUAUAUACAUAUUUUUUUAAUCCUUCAGCUGGCAAAACAUCAUCUGAUCACAGCAAUCAUAACAUAAUCAGACUUGUCGCAUCUUUAUCAACUCAAGUCUGUAAGCUGAACCCUCCAUUUUGUGGCAGUUUGCAUGAAAAACACUCGUCUGCAGAAAAAGCACUGGACUUUUCAGUGCUGAGGGACAGAGAAAUGAUGUUGCUGGUAGGUUUACCAGGUUGACCCCAGGGGAAACUCCUGGGAAUUCUUUGUUUUGAUGCACCAUCCGGUUCUUCAAAUCCUGACCCUCUUUCAAACCAAAAAAUGUCAUUGACCACAACUGUUUUCAGACCUAGCCUCUAAAAUCCAUAUACCUGCUUUCGAACAUGGUCUCUAAGAAAGUAUGUCAUCACUACUUAGAUUAGAAUGCCGACAAAAAGAUUUCUUAAAAUCGAUUUCAAAUUCGCAUACUUUACUUUUUCUUUCUUAUUCAUUUGGAAUUGAAAUGACAAGUACCCUCAUACACUCCCAUAGUUCCCUUAAAACCAUACCUGAUUCCAGACCAAAGUGAGCAAAGUCUGUACCCAUUUUCAGGUUGAAUUCUCAAAAACGAUACCCUUUGGGGGUGGCACAUACUGAUAUGGCUUAUAUAAGAGAGUAACCAUCCCCUUGGGGGGGUUGCCUCACUAGUAGAUUAUAAAGUUGUUUAGAGUUAAAUGCUCAAUGUCUUUUUCAACUCAUGGACAAUGUGAAUGCAGACAGCUUAGUCUACUGUAAGCAUUCUAAUAAUAGAAACCUGUUUGGACUGUCCUUAGACUGCAGUUCUGGGCACUUUUCCUGUUCCCCAAGGGAAAUGAACUAAGAGAGCUUCACAAGUACUUGUCAAUAGUAUUGAUACAUAAUUUUCCAAAACCACCACCCUGCAGUUGGCUCAGUUGAAGGGUGCCUGAAUUACAUGUGAGACAGGUCAUUGGUUCAAACCCAGAGUAGGCUACAGUGGUUAAAAAAUUAUUAGGGAGUAAUCAAAUUUUGAUUAAUUUUCCUUUCUUUCACCUUUUAUUUGAGGGAGAAAGAGAUGUUCUGAAUGAAAAACUCCUCCAUAAAGACAAAACACAUGCUCAAGAACUGCUGAAACUACAGUCCAAAAUUUCCUCUCUGGAAAAAGAAUUGGCUGGCCAACAAGUCAAUCUUGUCAACAUUGAAGAAGAAAUGAGUGAAAGGUGGAAGAUUUCAAUUCAAAAAUUGCACCAAGAAAUGGCUGAGCUCUCAAACACAAUCACGGAUCUUAAAAGAGACAAAAUCUUCUUCCAAGAAAAACUCACAGCUGCAAAGGAAGAUGCAAGUAACAAACAGAAAUCGCAUUCUCGUCAAAUGAGUGUUCUAACUGACAAGAGUGAUGUUCUGCGAAGAAGGCUUGCUGCUAAGUUUGAGAAACUGUCACAGAUUGUUUUAGCUUCUCAGGAAGUUAGCAGUGAAUCUGUUGCAGAGAUAUUAAAGUCCACUGCAAAGGAGAUCGAGGAAAUGUGGUUUCAAAAGGAUAACUGUAUCAUCUGUACUCUUGAGAAACCGAACUGUGUGGUCAUUCCUUGCCGUCAUCAGAUUACUUGUUUCAAGUGCACAUCUUUUCUAGAAACUUGUUCUUACUGUAGAGGGCCAAUUUAUGAAAGGAUUCUUACUUAUGGCUUGUAGUGAUGUUUUUCUCUUUUGUUGAACUGACGUGAUCAAAUCAGUUUAUCCUCUGUUAGCACCUGACAACCGAGGUUCAUAAUAUUGCUUCCCCACCCCCUCCACUAAAAGAACACGUACAUCCAAGCAACUCAUUCCCCAACAAACGUACCCAGUAAUCUCUAUAAAGACUGAAGGAACAGAAAUUCAUUUUUUAAGUGACGUUCUCGUUGCCGUCUGCAUUGUUGGAUCUUAAAGUCCCUACUGUUGGAGAAUCGGUUUGAUGAUGAAGUAACUGUCACCCACUUUAAGUGUGGAUUUAGGGUAUCUUAGCAGAAAGGUUAACAUUCUCGACUGG